AUCGUGAAGGAUUGAAUUGCUGAGUGGGGUCUUUCGUCCUAUCGUUUCUUAUAACAGGAAGGUUGGAGCCGGAGGUGGUUGAUCAAAAUGCUAGAGGAGAUGGCAGAUGGUGGGAGGAGGCUCGUGACAUUUGACGACCUCAUCGACGCCUUGGAUAAGAGGGCGCUGAGCAACGUCCCAAAGGUUGAGACAUUCAAUUUCAAGGGGAAGCGGGUAUCUGACUGGUUAGAUUUGACAGAGCAGGCGCUAGUAGGACUGUCAGAUGAGGUCAAGCUCCAGUGGGUCCUAAGGUAUGUCCUGCAUAGUCACCAUCGGGAAGUAAGCAAGGUCGUGGAUGCCGCCAAUGACAGUUGGACAAGGUUUGGGGACCUUAUGCAGAGGAAGUACAGGCUGGGGGAUGACCUGUUGACCAUGACCGACUUGGAGGCCAUGAAUAAGGAGGACUUCUCUACCAUUGGGGCGUUCGUGCACGGAUUUAAGAAAAAGGCGAGGAAAGUGCACGAAAUCUCUGAGGAGGCGCAGUGCGCCACAUUUUUGGGGCUGCUUACGUGCUCGGAGGCUACAGAGUUGGCAAAGUAUGGGGAAGGGAGUGAGAGGCUCACCUGGGCAACUACUGACAAGGGAAUGGAAGAAGGGAGCCUGAACCAGGUGGAGCAGCAUCAAAUGAGGCUGCAAAGGCGUAAGAGGAAGGAGAGGGAUGCUACUGCAUCCCGGACCCCAGGGGUGAAGAGAAUUGUCACGGACGUGUUGGCGGCACUGGGGUAUGACAAUGAAGCAGAAAUACAGAAAAAAUGGGUGAUAGUGGCCCAAGGCCGGGCGUCAGGGCAGUGGAUGAGGAGGCUGGGCAGGAAGACUACGGCGGAGGGGAGACGGGCCUCGCAAGCUAGUGUGGCCGGGGGAGGGAGUCAGGGACAAGGCGGGCAAGGCAAUGGGGGCAGGGGCCAAGGGGGUCGAGGAGGGGGUGGCCGGGGGCGAGGAGGAAAUGGUGGAGGACGUGGAGGAGGUUGGAGUGGUCAGGGGGGUCACAACCAAGGUGGCCAAGGCAGCCAGGAGGGGGGCCAAGGGUACGGGAGGCCCCGCUUCGAUUGGCGGAAUGCAACUUGUUGGCAUUGUGGCGAGGUGGGCCACAUUGUACGGUUCUGUCAACAACGGCGGGACGAUGAGCUGGCGGGACUGAUUUCCUCAUGUAUGGACGGGGACAUAUACGAUAGGUGGGGGAAGCACAUCGAUCCCAAGACCCCGGGAGGAAUCAGGCAAGAGGCCCUCAGGCGAGCAGCAGCAGGGCCACCAGCAGCCCCAGCGAUGUUCAAGAUAUGGCAGGAAAGGGGGGACCAGGGUGUGAGGGUCGAAGAGAUUGUGGAUGAGAGUGAGGAAGUGACUCAACAACUAGAGCACUACAUGUUGAGUCAGGGGAUUGCGCGGGAGGAGUGGGUACAUGCCCUACUUAUCUGGACUAGGGGGGCAGAGAGGCCGGUGGCCAGACAGAUUCGGAAGAGGGCUCGAGAUUGGGAGGACUGUCAGGCUCAGCUCAGGAGGGCGUUUGGACGACCAGAGCGCGAGAGGCUUGAGCCUAGGGUCGAGAGGCGGAGGCGAAGCAAGAGGCCGAGGGAACCAGCGCCGAGAGAGGUGGGGCUGACCAUAGAGAAGAGGAGGGCCCCAACACAGCGAGAGGAUGAGCCCGCAGGGCCCGCACCGGAAGAGGAGUCGUUCCCUGUUUGUGGCCUCCGGGCAGUUGAGUUUCGGUGGAUUACGAGCGAGGAGUUGAGACCGCCCUCACCAUUGCCAUCAGGGCAGGAGAUGAACAUACCAGGAGAGACGCCAUUCCGGAACUUAGCGACUCACCUUGAUGUAUCUCAAUGGGAGGCCUCACGGUUGGGGGAGGGCUCAGUUGAGCCGACGCGCUAUGUGCCGUUGGACGAGCCUUUGGACCCCGAGACGGAGACGAACGUACGGGACCGAGCAGAGCCGCAGGAUCCUGAGGUGGCACCCGAGCAGCCGGAUUCGGUACGGCCUCAGGCUGGGGAGGUGAUCACGGUCGGAGACGAUACCCCUCCAUGCUCCCCAGUUCCAGAGCCAGCACAGCAUUCAUGGCCAGAGGGGAUUCCUGAGCCAGGCAGCGAGGAGAUUCCGGAGUUUCCCCCUGAGGCCACCGCUAUGCCUGAGCAGGAGGCAGAGACGGAGGUUAUCGAGGAACCUGCUCCAACGGAGUUACCGUCGGCAUUGCCAUGCACGAGCGAGAGGAUGGGUACCGAGGCGUCAACUCCGGAGGGCCAGGGGCCGCGGGUGAGAAGAGGCUCAAGAGAAACCCGCGAAGAGAAGUCCGCCAGAGUGCGGGUCCGUUUGGACGAAAUACAUGCGAGGCAGGCUGAAAUGGAGGCGGCAGGGAUAGAGCCGACGCCGUCGGUCGAUCCCAAGACGAGUGAGCAGCGGAUCGACGAGUUGUGGGGGAGGUACGAGAGCCAGAGGGACAUGGCGCGCCAGAGGUCACGAGAGAUGGGACAGGCGGACGAGGAGGCGGGUAAGCUGAGGGAGAUGGGGGAGUUGGGGUUCUCUGCGACUAGGAUGGCGAUUGAGCGUGUGGACAGGAAGAUAUGCGAGAGGACGGUUACAUCCUUCCAGUGGUAUAGUCUACUCAACGAUGAGUUCAGGGUCAGAGAGUUGGAGGUGGAACACCUGACUACUCAGCUUGCCGAGGAGAGGGCAGGGAGCCAGGCCAGAGAGGUCGAGUGGGAGAGGGGAUUUGGGGAGAUGGCAGCCAUUGUGGACAGGCUCUCAGCGGCCUGGAAGGCUAGCCAGGCGGGACGAGCUGGUGCCGAUGACCAGGGCCGAGGGAUGCAGGCUUCGCCAAAUCAGGGAGCAGCGGUGGAGACCCCUCGACAGGCUGGGCCAAUGGGGGAGGUGUCCUUGGACACAGCCAAGGAGGAGGGUGACGCACAUGAGUCGCUCAUGGCCAUGUCCACGGAGAGGAGAGGCUCGCGUUUGCAUGAGCUGACGACAGCCAUGGGGAUAGGUACACCACAGGAGAGGCCUCAGAAGCUUGACACCGUAGGCUACACCCCAGGGCUGGGAGAGUUGAGGGCGGAGCUGGGCUUUUGGGCCACAGAGACGGACUCAGGAGGGCCUGACUCAGGGCGGCAGUAGCAGCAGGAGGUCAUGAGUGAGCCAGCCACCGUGGCAGGCUUUCAGC